UUAAACAAAAAGGCGGAGUCUUUUAAGUUAUAUUCACUAGCGAUGGAUGAAAGUAACGACAUAAAAGACACUGCUCAGCUCCUAAUUUUUAUCCGAGGGAUUAACGACAGUUUUGAGAUAACGGAGGAGCUUUUGAGCAUGGAAUCACUGAAAGGGAAAACGCGAGGAGAGGACUUAUAUGAACAGGUGUCUGCUGUCAUCGAGAGAAUGAAGCUACCUUGGAGUAAACUUGCCAAUGUCACCACGGAUGGAUCGCCAAAUUUAACUGGAAAAAACGUCGGGCUGCUGAAAAGAAUCCAGGAUAAAGUGAAAGAAGAAAACCCUGACCAGGAUGUUAUUUUUCUUCACUGCAUCAUUCAUCAGGAGUCUUUGUGUAAAUCUGUAUUGCAGUUUAAUCACGUCGUGGGUCCAGUAGUAAAACUUGUUAACUUGAUACGAGCAAGGGGACUUAAUCAUCGCCAGUUCAUUACGUUCCUGGAAGAAUCUGAUGCGGAUCACCAGGACCUACUUUACCACUCUCGCGUCCGCUGGUUAAGUUUGGGGAAAGUGCUUCAACGAGUCUGGGAGCUCAAAGAGGAGAUUCGCUCAUUUUUGGAGUUAAUGGGGAAAUUCGACGAAUUCCCCGAGCUGAGCGACACAAACUGGCUUUGUGACUUUGCGUUUGCUGUGGACAUAUUUUCACACAUGAAUGAACUGAACGUGAAGCUACAGGGGAAAGAUCAGUUUGUGCACGACAUGCACACAAAUGUGAGAGCCUUCAAAUCCAAGCUGGUUUUAUUCUCCAGGCAAAUGUCAAACAAAUCUUUCACACAUUUUCCCACACUCGCCGUGCAGAAAGAGGCAGCCCGAAAUGCGAAGAAAUACUGCAAAUCACUGGACGACCUGCACAGAGAAUUUUGCCGUCGGUUCUGUGAUUUUGAAAAAAUUGACAAGUCACUUCAACUGGUGUCCUGUCCCCUGUCUCAAGACCCCGAAGCAGCACCGCAGGAGCUGCAAUUGGAACUGAUCGAUCUUCAGUCUGACUCCGUCUUAAAGGAGAAGUUCAAGUCUCUUAAACUGAAUGACUUUUACGCUUCACUUAACGAGACCACGUUUCCAGGCCUCCGGAGUACUGCACAGAAGAUGCUGGUGUUGUUUGGCUCGACCUACGUGUGUGAGCAGACGUUUAGCGUCAUGAACAUCAACAAAGCCCAUCACAGAUCCAAGUUAACUGACCAACACCUCAGAUCUGUCCUGAGGAUUGCCACAACAAAACUAACUCCAGACUUUGAUGCACUGGCAAAAAAGGGAGACCAACAACACUGUUCCCACUGAAAUUGGUGAGUUUUUCUGCUGUGUUAUAAAAAAAUGCAUAUGGAAAGUUUGGAUGUGCGUCUUUUAAUUAAGAGCAAUGCGCAUUUACGCACAGCAGCGGUACAGUAGCUGAAUUAACACGCCACACAUCGCUCUUAAUUUUAAUUUUCAGCUGCAGGUAGGAUAUUUAAUACAGCCUGUGUCCGUGUGCUUGUGAACGAUAUACGUGUACUAUUUGCGUAUGAAGGUGAGGGCAUCCGUGGCGAGUUUGUAGAGCGCGCAGUCAAGACAAUCCAUCCAGGAUU